GCGUAUGGUGGGUGAAGAUGGGAUAGAGGGCAUCAACGACUUGGUCCAUGAGAACUCGAUGCUGCAGACGGAGAACAACAACCUGAGGGUGAGAGUGAAGGCCAUGCAGGAGACCAUCGACGCUCAGAGAGCCAGACUCACACAGAUCCUCAGUGACCAGGCCAACCAGGUUCUCACCAAAGCAGGUGAGGGCAACGAAGAGAUCGGGAACAUGAUUCAGAACUACAUCAAAGAAAUUGAGGAGCUCCGAGCGAAACUGCUUGAAAGCGAGGCUGUGAACGAGAACCUCAGGAAGAGCUUGUCUCGGGCCUCCACGCGCUCUUCGCUGUACGGCGGCCGCGGCGGCUCCUUCUCGCCUGCCCUCCUCGCCCCUGAGAAAGAAGCCAAUGACGUCAUUGAGCUGGCCAAGAAAAGCCUGGAGAAACUCAAGAGGAAGGAGAGGAAGAAGAAGAAGAGGUAUAGUGUGGGUCUGACAAAAUAGGUUUGUUUUUUGGGUUUUUUUAUAAUGAC